AUGAAAGAAUCCGUUCCCAGAGUGAAAUUAACACAUUUAUCAAAAACCAAUAUUAUUGAUGUAUGGGCUCACAAUUUCAUGGCUGAGAUCACAGAAAUAGCUUCACUUAUUGAAGAAUUUAAUGUUAUAUCAUUAGAUACCGAAUUUCCAGGAACUGAGUAUAAUCAACCAGAAAAUGACGAUAAGGAUUAUGAAUAUUAAUAAUUAGUAAGAAAUGUUUAAAAAUACAAACUUAUAUAACUUGGUAUAAGCUUAGCAAAUGAAGCUGGCGAAGUACCUUUGGUUAAGAACACUUGGCAAUUUCAUUUUAAAUUUAAUGCAUAAUAUGAUCAAUUGAUGAAUCCUGUUAAGGUUAUGCUAGAAUAGGCAGGAAUCAGAUUUGAUGACUUAGCAUCGAAAGGAAUAGAUUACUCCUUAUUUUGUGAAGUAGUUACUGGAAGUGGACUAAUCUUAAAUGAUGACACUAAGUAUGUAGUAUUUCAUGGAGAAUUUGACUUCGGUUACUUAUUACAUUUGUUUCAUCAUUCUGGAAUUCCAGAUACACAAGAAGAAUUUUAUAAAAUGAUGAAGCUUUACUUUCCAUAAAUUUAUGAUUUGAAAUACAUUUUAAAAGACAAUCAAAAAUACAAGGAUGCAGGAUUAAGUAGAUUAGCUAGCAAAGUUGAAGUGACUCGUAUAGGUCCUGAACAUUAAGCAGGAUCAGAUGCUUUACUUACCUUACAAUGCUAUUAUCAAUUGAAGUUUUGUUACCCAGACUUAUUAGGUGAUUUUGACAAAAAUAUGAACAUAAUCUAUGGCAUUGGUAAAGGAUAUGUUCCGAAUAAUCGUCGAAAAACUUAUGCACCAAGUUCAUAGACUCCAGAUCCAGGAUUAUAAGUGAACUAGAUGGAUUAAUAUUACUAUGGUCAAAAUUUCUAAUACGAUGAACUUCAAAAUUCUUAUUAUCUAUAUGGAUAACAAUUCAUAAAUUACAAUUAUUUUUAAUAUCAAAUGCACGAAUCUGAUUAGCAGAAGAGGAAAGGUUAUUGA